AACAGCUGACCGUGCGCUGGAGACAGCUAGAAACUGAGAGGCUCCGGGCGCCGGGGAUGCGACGCAGACUGCCGCUGAUGUCUGUGCUGUGAUGUGUGUGGCGUCUGAGCAACAGCCCGGAGUGUGUGUGUGUGUGUGUGUGUGUCACUGUGAUCCGAGGUGACAAUCCAGAUAACUGUGCAUGGGACUGACAAUGCACCGACGACCAAACAUGCAUUUGAAUUUAAUGGGAGCUAAUGGGAAAUUCACAGGGAUUCUUUGGUGAUAUAGCCUAUCGUGCGAGGGAAGUUGAAAACGGCUUUUACAUUGCAUUAGAUUCUUAAGUGCUCAGUGACAUUUUAUAAGUGGAAUGGAUUGGCUGUAUUUUCGGAAACGUGUACGAGGAUACCUGUUCUUGCCAACUUUGUUUUUUUCCCUUGAAGAGUGGCUCAAAGGAAAAACUUUAUUGUGGCAUUACACCGGUCCCUAAGAAUGACGAUGAUGAAGGCGAACUUGAGCUGUUUGGAUAGUUUAUCCCGGGGAAACAACUGCCUCCCCGCCAGGAACACGUCUCCCGGGGUAGCGGCCACCCUCGCCGGCGUGCUGAUCUUCACCACCGUGGCUGAUAUCGUUGGAAAUCUACUGGUCAUCCUGUCCGUGUACAGGAACAAGAAACUGAGGAAUGCAGGUAACAUCUUUGUAGUGAGUCUUUCUGUUGCUGACCUGGUGGUGGCACUGUACCCCUACCCCUUGGCUCUGAUCGCUAUCUUCCAUAAUGGCUGGACAAUGGGCUCCCUGCACUGCCAGCUGAGUGGGUUUGUAAUGGGACUGAGUGUGAUUGGGUCGGUCUUCAACAUCACGGCUAUCGCCAUCAACCGCUACUGCUACAUUUGUCACAGUCUCCGCUACGACCGACUCUAUUCACGCCAGAACACCUGUCUGUACCUGCUGCUUACCUGGAUGCUAACCGCUCUGGCCACAGUGCCCAACUUCCUUGUGGGUUCCCUAAAAUACGACCCACGCAUCUUCUCCUGCACGUUCACCCAGACAGCAAGCUCUUCUUAUACAGUCUGCGUCGUUCUGAUCCACUUCCUUGUCCCGCUGGGUGUGGUUUCUUUCUGCUACCUGCGCAUAUGGACUUUGGUGAUUAGGGUCAAAGGUCGUGUCCGGCCCAAUCCAAAGGUCAGAGCCGCUGACCUGAGGAAUUUCCUGACGAUGUUUGUGGUGUUCGUGCUGUUCGCUGUGUGCUGGGCGCCCCUGAACUUCAUUGGGCUCGCCGUGGCGGUUAACCCUGCAAGAGUGGCGCCGAAUGUCCCGGAGUGGUUGUUUGUUACCAGCUACUUUAUGGCGUAUUUCAACAGCUGUCUGAAUGCUGUUGUUUAUGGGUUGCUCAACCAGAACUUUAGGCAAGAGUACAAACAGAUUCUUCGUGCUCUCUGCACCCCAAGAGCACUGUUUACUGAAAGUUCCAGGUACAACACUGAAGGUAUAAAGAGUAAACAGUCACCGGCGGGAACCAAUAACAAUGUGAAAGAGGCCAACGUGUAUAAGGGCGGAGUAACACAUACUAUUUUCUAGUAGAUCACUCCCUAUUUACCUAACAACCACAAUAUAAGGGUACAACAGGCCUAAAGGUGCACCAGGGUAAAUGCGCAUUUGCAAAUGCACACCAAAAAUUACCACAGCACUUUUCUAAAUAUCCACAGUUCACAGGAAUGGGUGAUACUUGAUGUGAUCACGGGCAGAAACACAGUAAAUUCUGUACUAAGUUUAUCUAACAUUUAAGGUUUUUAAAGGUGCAAUGUGUAAAAUUUGGGAGGAUCUGUUGACAGAAAUGCAAUAUAAUAUACAUAACUAUGUUUUCAGUGGUGUAUAAAGACCUUACAUAAUGAACCGUUGUGUUUUUAUUACCUUAGAAUGAGCCAUUUCUAUCUCAUACACCGCGGGUCCCCCCUCCAUGUCAAGUCGUCAUUUUGCGCCGACAUGUUUCUACAGCAGCCCUAAACGGACAAACACUCUACAGAGCGUGUUUACUCACUAUGUUGUUGUUCUUCUAAAUCAUUUGUGUUUUUAGAGGCAGCUUGCAUCGUUGAAUACGCACAAAGAAGCAGUAAGUAGUAGUAGUCGUCUGGUUUAUAAGAAGCAGAGACCGUUCUUUGUUAAAAGUAAGUAGAAACCUCAUUGCUUUGCUGGCUAAUGUACUCUGCUGUCUCAGACGACAUCUUUGACUUGUGUUCGCCUGACGGCCACCGUAGCUUCUCAAAUCACGCAAAAAGGAGGAGUGAGCUGCCGUUGGUUGCAGUUCAAAACCUCACCGCUAGAUACCGCUAAAAUUUACACACGGCACCUUUAAAAUGUUAUAGGGUUAUAUAGAAAAUAAGAAUCGAUAAAAUUUCGAAAUAUAUUUCAAGACAAAGAUCUUGUUAAUGAUUUUCAAUUUUGUUUAAAGUAAUUAAAUGAUUGGUUUUUUUCAACUGAAGAAUAUAUAAAAGUGUGGUAUUUGUGGUAAAAAGCGCCCCUGUUGCUGGGGCUUCAGGUACAUUACCAUAAUUGAACUGAUAAUUAAUAGCUGGCUGACUUUUUCAUUUGUUGACAUGACAUGGUUAGAUUUAGAUUGCUCAAUAUUAUUUAUUAUGUUGGGUGUCCACCUUAGAUAUAAUCACUGUAUUUAUAAUAAAACUAUAAUAUUUAUAUUAUGAUGUUAAUCAUAUAAAAUAUUAUUUGUUACUGUAAAGCCACAUUAAAUUAUAUCUCCUGUGUAAGAAGCUUUCAGAAUCUUUAUUUAAUUCCAUUUUUCUGUAUUUUUAAAAUGAACUAAUUUUAAUGACAGUAUAUUUAUUGAAUUCAUUUAUGUUUUUUUAUUUUUUUUAUUUUUUUAAAGAAUAUGGUACAAAAUUUGCUUAAGUGAUUUUGAACAAGUAUUACCAAAAGUAUUAAGUAAUUGAAUCGAAUGCUGUUUCUGGGUCUAAGUCUCUAGUCCAUUUCAAGUGAGAAUAUUAUCUCUACAGCCAUUUACUGUAUAAGCACUAUUCAAUCAGAUGAGGGGGUCUUUUGGUGAGCCACCACACACAUUUAUAUGAUUUUAAAACAAAAGUCACGAAAAAAAAAAAAAAAUCACAGUGUUGAUGUUAUAAAACUCAUCAUGAAACAAAUUAAAUUUCAGCUGUAAAGUCGCGCUACAAACAAAAUAGUGUAAUUAUCAAUCAAAAAUCAGUUUCAACAGUUCAAUGUUGUUUCAGCUCAACUGUGUCAGUGUUGCAAAGUUUAUCAAUUAUCAAUUAUUUAUCAAUUAUGAAACAAGUUCAGUUUAGCUAUAAGCAACUCUACCGAACACAAUAGUCUCAAUUCAGUUCAAUAACAGUGUCAAUGUUGCAAAACGUCAAUAUCCAGCUCAAUUAAGCCUUUGCUCUCAUCUGAUUGUGUCAGUGCAUUAAUUCAAUAAAAUUACUGAAUAUUUAUUGUUUUUUAAAACCCAUUGAGCUAGCCAAACAUGACAGUGGGAAGGAACCAAAACUACAUCAAGUGACAGAAAGUGGAGGAAAAAAAACUUUCACUAAGGUGUGCCUUUAGCACCGUCGUACCCGUCGUAUCUACUCAACGAUAGUCUGUGUGGUAUUCCUUGUAGAAUGAACAUUCCUUAACAGAGUGGUUGUCAGCCUUUUUAUGUUUUUGUUUGAGCAAACUUGUGCUAAAAAAAAAAAAAAAAACAGAGAAAAUAAGACUACUGCAAACUGUCAAGUAUCUCUCCAGUUCCUAUAGAGAUUGGCUGAUACCAUGGCAACCAACACUGGAAAAUAUUUUUUCAUGCUCUGUUUCCUUUGUAAAUUCUUUGUAUAUGGUGCUUUGUAUAUCAAGUAGUGUGCCUCCAAGUUACGGACUGUAAAGAUUUUUUUUUUUUUUUUGCAGUAAUAAUAAAGGAAAAUAAGACUGAUAGAGUAACAUACAAAUGAUACAUCCGUAAUUAAUGUAUAUAGAGAUGUAUGUUUUUACUUUUGCAACAAGAAUUAUUUUAGUGAAAUCUUUUUGAUAUAUAUCAUAUUCUGUAUUUCCUUACAAUCAGAGUGGACAUUUCCAAUCUGAGGUGGUCUGCAUGCAAUGGUGCUGAGAACUAAACUACAUCUGUCUCUCUUUAUAGUCCUGUCUUUCUUAUGUUGCUGUAUCUUACCUCCAUUUGUCUGAACAUUAUAUGUCAAUCUCUUUCUCUACCCCGAUUACUUCAUUUUCUCUGCACACACUCCUAUCCUUGAGGGACAUUCAUUACUUCUCAAGACACUAAAAGCGCUGGCUCUAAGGGGCAGCUGAUGAUGACCUGACACAAGCUUCUCCAGAGCAGUAAUUUUC